UUCAACCAUCUUUCAGUCAAGAUUCCUAGCUAGCUUACCAACUACCUCAGUUCAGUUCUAACUGUUCGUCUGUAAGGUUCUCGUGGAAUUUUGUUUUAUUUUUCUCAUCAUCCUUUCUUCAAAAACUUAUCCGAUGACUUUGCCGCGUGUUUAUUUCGACAUAGCCGCUGGCAAUGAGAAAAUCGGACGAAUUGUGAUGGAACUACGUUCGGAUGUGGUGCCCAAGACGGCGGAGAAUUUCCGUGCCCUUUGCACUGGAGAGAAGGGCUACGGCUAUAAGGGAUCCCCGUUCCAUCGUGUCAUUCCGAAUUUCAUGUGCCAGGGCGGGGAUUUCACCAAUCAGAAUGGAACUGGAGGACGCUCCAUCUAUGGCAAUAAGUUUCCCGAUGAGAAUUUUGAAUUGAAGCACACUGGGCCGGGAGUUCUUUCGAUGGCCAAUGCUGGGGCCAAUACCAAUGGAUCGCAGUUCUUUAUUUGUACUGGGAAGACCACCUGGUUGGAUAACAAGCACGUAGUCUUCGGCAAGGUGAUUCAGGGUAUGGAUAUCGUUCAGAAGGUGGAGUCCUAUGGGUCACAGGAUGGAAAGCCAAGCAAGAAGAUCAUUAUUGAAGACUGUGGAGCCCUUUAAAAGAGGAGCUUAUGCAUUUUUACACUUUCAAUACACUGGAAAAACAUAACACGAAGAUCAAGUUAAUUGUUUAAAACUGGCAAAAUAUAAGGGGCGCAAAUUGAAAA